UUUCCAAACGACACUCAUUCAGAUACAACACGGAACUAAAAACAAACAAACUGGUCUGAAGAUAAAUUUUAACAAAUCUUACAAAUAGGGCUUCGACCAUUUCGUUGUAAAUGCAAUCAGCUAAAAAGUAUUAAAAAUUUUAAGUUUAAUUGGUUAGAUGCGUUUUAGCCAUGACUUCGUUAAAAUCGGUUUUUAUGGUAACGAUAUUUCUGAUUUGCGGCUGUCUGGCAAAAGAGUAUAAUGUGUUCUGUCAAUAUGAUUUGGCAUCUUACUACUUCAAAGAGCGCAGUCAGUUCUUUGACUGGAACAUGGACUCCAGGCUUUGUACCCAUUUGGUAGUGGGUUCUGGCAUAGGUGUGGAUGGAGAUACGGGUAAAUUGAAGAUUACUGACAAGCCUCUGCUGCUGGGUAAGAACAUGCUAAGCAGUGUCAAAAACAUGAAGGUCGAUAGCAUAAAGAAGGUUUUGUUCACUGUCGGAGGAUGGAAAGAGGAGUCCAGUCACUUUUCAAGAAUGGUGGCCGCCCCCAACAUGAGAAACAACUUCUAUACUUCAGUGAUCGAUUUCAUGACCAAGUGGGGAUUUGAUGGUGUCCAGAUUGACUGGCGCUAUCCCACUCAGCAAGGUGGAUAUCCAGAGGAUCGGAAGAACUUUGUGCUCUUUCUAGAGAAACUGAGUUUAAUCCUUCGUGAACACAAGUUCAUCCUUAUGGUGGCAGUAUCAGGAAGAACAAACAAGCGCACUUUGGAGAGCUACAACAUCCCAGAUAUAGUAAAGAAUUCCGAUUUUGUUCAUCUAAUGAUGCACGAUGAAAGGGAUCCGUACCGCAACCGUUUGGUUUACAAUGCUCCGCUUAAUGGAGACAAUAGUGUAAGUGAUGCCAUCAAACACUGGAAAACUCAUGGAAUGGCGCCAGAAAAACUUAUCCUGGGUAUUCCACUCUUCGUUCGGUCGUUCACCAUGGAUAAUAAUCAGACGGAGGUGGGAUCCCCCUGCAAAGGACCAGGCUUGCGGACGAAGUUAUCCCACCGGCCGGGCUUUAUGACCUACAACGAGUUUUGUGUGAAGGAGUCCAACUGGAUCAGAAGGUUCGACCAGGUGGCCAAGGUGCCUUAUGCCAUGAAGGGUGAUCAAUGGGUGAGCUACGAGAACGGACAAAGCAUUUGGGCCAAGAUGCACCUGCUGCAGAAGCAGAAAUUGGGCGGAGCCAUUGCGUGGACCAUCGAUGUGGACGACUUUCAUGGCAAUUGUGGCGAACGUCAUGGAUUGCUCCACGUUAUCUUCGCCGCCUUAGGAGACAAGAAUGCCCUUACAACCGAAGAACCAACAACUGAAGCCUCUGGACUUUGUCCACAAGAUGGAUUCUGGCGCAAUGGAUGGGAUUGCCGGUUAUACCACGAGUGCAACGACGGGGAAAGGAUCUACUAUGAGUGCGAGGAGGGUCAGUACUUCGAUGAGGAACAACUCAUUUGCCGUCCCGCCAAGGAGGUCAAAUGCGAUCAGAACUUUGUCAUCUGGCGACCAGGCAUGCCCGUUUACAGCUUAAAAAAUAUGCCGAUAAAUUUGAAAAUCGUUGACUAGCUCCAAAGAAAUACAAAGACGUGGAGUACAUUUUGUUAAAAAAAUAAAUAUUAGCAGUUUACUGAUCCAGAGUA